UCAGAAUUGCUUGUUGCUAUAGCUUCUGAACUGCGCAAUAAAUCUCUCUGCUAAAAACCCUCUGAACUCGUAAGAGUCCUUUCGUUUUCCACAAGAUUAUGUUUCCUCCCCCCAGAUAUUAUAAUGAUGCACAGAGUUUCACUGGCUUCAGAAUCAUUUGUACUAACACUGGCCCGCUUAGGAAGGUUUCCUCUGAGGAUUCUGGAUUUUCAGAAGCUCAAUGAAGUAUGUACAACUCUGUCCAUAACCACCCAUUGUCCAUAUAGUCAAGAUGUCUAAAAAAAUUUAAAAAUCCCUGCUAGAAGAUGAGGAAAAUAAUUUCCUUUUUUGAACUGGUAAGUCAUUGCAGAGGACAGCUGCUAGUUUGCCUCUAAAGCAGAAAAGAGGUGAAAUUAAAGAGAGGAGGACAUUAAAGAAAAUUGUGGGCGUGGUGGGAUUGUAAACUACCAUACACUACUUGCAAUAGCAACCCUGCUUUGCUUCCCAGUUCUUAAAACAAGCAGGGAGGGAUUUCAGGAAGGGGAACCGAGCCAGAGUAUUUAUCUCUUAGUCAGGUUGCCUCAUUCCUUUUCAGCCCGCCUUAUCGGCUUCAUCAGUGACCACAUCCCUUUCACUAUUCAGCUCCAAGUUAAUGUUUGAUGGAAACGGCUGCCUUUCAGCCACAGAGAACAGAUCUUGUGGGAAAGGGCAGAGACAACAACAGUAUUGCUGGUCUGGUUAGCUGUCCUUUAGGGAGAAUUGGGAGCUGUCUCCAGUGUUGAGCAUUUCCUGUCUUCUGUCUCACUCAAAACAGUUUUCCUCAUGGAUGCACCAAAUGAGCAGGAUUGUUGGCACCUCAUUGAUCACAGCCACGUGAAAGAUUUUGAAGUAGACCGAUGGGUCAAGAUCACCCUUGCCCUCAUCUACAGUUUUAUCUUUGUGGCAGGGAUCUUGGGCAACAGUGUCACCAUCCAGACUUCCAAAAUCCUGCAAAAGAAAGGCUACAUGCAAAAAGCAGUGACCGACCACAUGAUAAGUCUAGCAUGUUCGGAUCUCUUGGUGAUCUUACUGGGGAUGCCUGUGGAAUUCUACAGCAUCAUAUGGAAUCCUUUCUCUACCACCAAAGGAGAUAUAACCUGCAAGUUGUACAGCUUCCUUUUUGAGGCUUGCAGCUAUGCCACUGUGUUACAUGUGGCCACCCUAAGCUUUGAAAGGUACAUUGCCAUCUGCCAUCCAUUUAAGUUCAAAGCUACUUCUGGAACCUAUAAAGUGAAGAUCCUCAUUGCCUUUGUUUGGAUUACAUCUGUGCUGGUCGCCCUACCCCUUCUCUUUGCAAUGGGGGCAGAGCACCCAUUGGUAGACAUCCCAGACCAUCAAGGGUUGACUCUCUGUGAAAAGUCCAAGGUUCAACGUCUGCCUGAAUUCAGUUUAAAUGUGACAAUAUGUACCAAUUUAUCAUCCAAAUGGAGAGUGUUCCAGUUCAGUAUUUUCACUGCCUUCGUUGUGUAUAUCAUAGUAUUGGUAUCUGUGACAUUUAUGUGCCGGAAUAUGAUUAAAGUGUUGAUGGUCUACAAGCAAGCAACAGUGGAGGUAAAAGGAAGGGGAAAUCAGUCCCAAUUUCUAAGGAAAGCUGAAAGUUCAGAGAGCAGAGGAUCCAAAAAACAGACUCUUAUCUUUCUAGGUUUGAUUGUUGCAACACUGGCAAUAUGCUGGCUACCGAAUCAAGUUCGAAGGAUCAUGAUGGCUGCCAGGCCCAAGCAAGACUGGACAGUCUCUUAUUUCAGGGCAUAUAUUAUUCUCCUCCCCAUAGCAGACAUCUUCUUUUACCUUAGCUCUGUGGUGAAUCCACUCCUGUACAACAUUUCCUCCCAACAUUUCCGGAAGGUCUUUCUUCAAGUCCUCCGAUGUCGCCUGUCCAUAGAGCAUGCCAACAAAAAGAAGUACUUGGCAACCAGUGUAAACUCUGCAGCCAAUAUCAAUCGUUCCAAACGUCCAUUGAUCUUCACAUCAUCCAGGCGAAAGUCUUCCACCAAAGCAGCACAGAAGGUUUCCUCAAAUAUUCUUCAGGAUGAGGCUGAAAUUGACUCCAGUUUACCAAAACAGAGUCCCGAGUCAUUGGAGCUCAGUGUGAGAACAAUGCCUCUGGAAACCAGCAUAGAUCCAAGUCUUGUUAACCAGAAUGGCAUUUGUGAACAUGAGUAGUAAAUACUCAUAAAAAAAGUUAUAGAAUACAC